UGGCAACCGCGCGGCUGAGAGCCCGGAGCAGGAAGCAGUGAGCGGAUGGAGCAGCAGUUCGGCGCUCGGGAGGCUCUUUCACCGCGUUACUGCCGCUGAGGUGCGUUUUCUCCGGGGAGGAGCCGUUACAGCCGCGCUCACUGCCGCUCCGCACUCACACCCGGACAAACCAACCGCGCCGCGGGAAACACCCGGCCGUGUGGGGGGGAGAGAGAGGGGGAGAGAGUCGGGUUGUUGUUGUUGGGGGGAAGAAGCCUUGCAUGGUGGACACAGAGAGUGACAGACAGAGAGAGUGAGAGAGAGUGUGAGUGAGGAUGGGCUGCACGCUGAGCACGGAGGACAAGGCGGCGGUGGAGAGGAGCCGCAGGAUAGACCGGAACCUCCGGGACGACGGAGAGAAAGCAGCGCGUGAGGUGAAACUGCUGCUGCUGGGAGCGGGGGAGUCGGGGAAGAGCACAAUAGUCAAGCAGAUGAAGAUUAUCCAUGAGGCAGGUUACUCAGAGGAGGAGUGUAAGCAGUACAAGGCCGUAGUGUACAGUAACACUAUCCAGUCCAUCAUCGCCAUCAUCCGUGCCAUGGGACGCCUCAAAAUCGACUUCGGGGACGCAGCCCGAGCGGACGAUGCCCGGCAGCUGUUCGUGUUAGCAGGCAGUGCGGAGGAGGGCUUCAUGACGGCCGAGCUGGCUGGAGUGAUAAAGCGUCUGUGGAAGGACGGAGGAGUGCAAGCCUGCUUCAGCCGCUCGAGAGAGUAUCAGCUCAAUGACUCUGCUGCAUAUUAUCUGAACGAUCUGGACAGGAUAUCACAGGCCACCUACAUCCCCACGCAGCAGGACGUGCUGAGGACCCGCGUCAAAACCACAGGCAUUGUGGAGACUCACUUCACCUUCAAGGACCUGCACUUCAAGAUGUUUGAUGUUGGAGGUCAGAGGUCAGAGAGGAAGAAGUGGAUCCACUGUUUCGAGGGUGUGACGGCCAUCAUCUUCUGCGUGGCUCUCAGCGACUACGACCUGGUGCUGGCCGAGGACGAGGAGAUGAACCGAAUGCACGAGAGCAUGAAGCUGUUCGACAGCAUCUGCAACAACAAGUGGUUCACAGACACGUCCAUCAUCCUGUUCCUCAACAAGAAGGAUCUGUUUGAGGAGAAGAUUAAAAAGAGCCCACUCACCAUCUGUUACCCCGAGUACGCAGGCUCCAACACGUACGAGGAGGCGGCGGCGUAUAUCCAGUGUCAGUUUGAGGAUCUGAAUAAGAGGAAGGACACUAAGGAGAUCUACACACACUUCACCUGCGCCACCGACACCAAGAACGUCCAGUUCGUCUUCGACGCCGUCACCGAUGUCAUCAUCAAGAACAACCUGAAGGACUGCGGGCUCUUCUAGAACCUCCCACGGUGAGGUGGAGAUGACUGCGUUUCGUGUUUCCCCAUGAGGCUGUGUGUGUGUGUGUGUGUGUGCACGCGUGUGUGUGUGUUGGAUCAGUGCUGUACAUUGUGUCUCGUCCCUCUGCUUUAUUUAUGCUUUUCAUCUCUUUUGUCCUUUUUAGCGUCUUUAACCAGAAAAGGGAAAUGUAACUCGUAACAUGUUUUCUCUCCAGCGUUCUUUUGUUUUUAGAAAUAUUUUCCAUAAAGGACAUGUUUAUCAUUUCUCUCCCGUGUCCUCAUGGGUAGUUUUACAGCAGAGGGACUUUUCAGCUGUCAGGUUUUCGUGCCUUGCUGUGUCUUUUGCUCAUGUGUAGUGUGGUGUGUUUUUGCCCCCCCCCCCCCCCCCCCCCAAAAAAAAAACAACCCUGUCUCAUAACGUCUACUGUGUAAAUAAAACUUGUAGUGGGUCAAAGGGGGCGGAGCUUAGGGUAAACUUGAUCCCAGACUUGCGUGUUUGUCACUUUUUUUUGAUCACUUUACUUGCAGACUAUAAUUGUUGAGCUAAGCUAGACAUGCUAACUGGCUUAGCUUAACUUGGCUGACUUUACCUCCUCAACUGCAAUCUGAUCUUGAGUAAUUAGCAUUAGAGUAUAAGAGCUUAGCAUUAUUGUUUGAGCUAGUCCGCUAAAAAACUGCAGUAUAACAGUUCAGCAGCAUUAGAUAAGCUAGUCGCGUAUCUAAACCGUGCGCUGUGCUAACCCAUUUCACUUUGCUAACAUUAGCAUUACACCACUAGUCAUGGUUGUUCUCUAAUAUUAGCUUACUAGCGAGCUAAAGGGGCAUUGUAUAGAAUACUGGUUUUAGUGAUGCAGUUUAAUAGUUUAACAGUACAUUCGCUAACACAGUGCUGGGUUAACGUUACCCGCUUAGCUAGUUAGGCUAACGUUAAAGGAACCUUUCCAGCAGGAGCUAGUAGCUUUUGGUACUGUGCUAGCUGUGAUGAGGAGGUUUUAUGAUUACGUUGGUGAUUAGGGGGUUAAAUUUUACUUAAGCUCCACCCAUUUUGAUGCUUGGACGCGUGUGUGUGUCUGUGUGUGUGCACGCGUGCGUUGAUCAGAGCUGAAUGUUGGUCCCAAGCUCAGUCGCCACGGCAACAAGAGGAUGCUUCAGAUGGAGCGGCUCUGCUGUUGGGCGACAAGAUUUGAUUGCGUGAGAAGCCUCAGCUAGCCGCCAUCUCACACUCAACGUUGAGGAUCUGUUUUAAAGUUUUAACAAACACACCUGUAUUGAGUAAUUCAUGAUGAUGAUGAUGAUGAUGAUAACUCACCUUGUCUGUCUUGCUCUUUUUCUUUUUUCCUCUCUUUCUGUCUGUGGGAACAUUUGUACACUCAUGUCCCUUAUUUUGCUAAUAAAAAGCAUUUGCAAUCCA